GUGUAUGUGUGGAUGGAUAUGAGUGUGUGUGCGAGUGUAUACCUGUCCUUUUUUCCCCCUAAGGUAAGUCUUUCCACUCCCGGGAUUGGAAUGACUCCUUACCCUCUCCCUUAAAACCCACAUUCUUUCGUCUUUCCCUCUCCUUCCCUCUUUCCUGAUGAGGCAACAGUUUGUUGCGAAAGCUUGAAUUUUGUGUGUAUGUUUGUGUUUGUUUGUGUGUCUAUCGACGUGCCAGCGCUUUCGUUUGGAUGCACAAGUGCUGGACCACAUUACAAUCCUUUAGCAAAGGACCAUGGAGGACCAGAUGAUGCAGACCGACACAUUGGUGACCUUGGAAAUGUUACAGCAGAUGAAGAUGGUGUAGCUAAAGUGUGCAUAUCUGACAAGCUAAUCUCUCUGACAGGGAAACACAGCAUUAUUGGAAGAACUUUAGUGAUGGACAUAUAUAUCCUGUGUGCAGUGGGCAAUGAAAUUCAACCUUGGCCACAACUCCCUACACAAAUGAAAUUCAAGGUCCAUGCAGAUCCUGACGAUCUUGGGAAAGGUGGUCAUCCUCUAAGCAGAACUACAGGCAAUUCUGGAGCCCGAGUGGCAUGUGGAAUUAUUGGCUUAGCCAAAUAAAUGUAAUUUUUAUUUUACUGAAAUAAUGCUGUCUUGCUAAAUAAGUGUAAUGUUACAGUUCCUCAAAUAAAUAAGAACAACUUUAUGAGACGAAA